AGUGACAUCACCGGGUCUAAAAAGAAGCGCAAGCGGGAGAUGGGAGGCACCCCGCUUAAUAGAUUUCGUCGGAAGGUCCUGUUCACAAGUGGAGCUGCUGCUGCGCCUCUGUGAGGCAACCUGUGAUGUGCGCCGGCGGAGCGGCUGAAUCAUGGCAUCCCGGUGAACUUCCGAGGAGACAGAACCUCAAAGGACAGAGAAACAACUCCUGAGACGCAAAGAAAAACCUGAAGCUGCUCUGCGGGGACAUUUUCACUAUCGGAGGAACGGUGCGCUUUCAUUACAUGUCGUGCUUCAUGCGCAGCCGGAGAGCUUGAGGUUAACUUAUAGUUUUCCGUUUUUUGUCGUUGUUAUUUUGACCGGACACGCUGUCAUUAAUCAGACAACCCUCUGCGCGGAAACAUCCAUAUAUUUCGUUCGUAAAUAUGAACUUUAUUUUACUUUAUCCAAACCGUUCUGUGUCGGAUGUUCGCGUCAGACUGCGAGCGUCUCCAAACGAGGACGCACGGAGAGCGCGCCAGUGUCGAGGUUAUUCACUCUGAUCCGAUCCCUUCUAUUCGAUGCCGCCUCGCUGUAGACGACCAUAGAUUAGAUUAUUGUAAAUUAAAUCUCCCCCUUUUUGAGUCAGUAAUCCUCUGAGGAAAAAAAGGAUCAAACUCUGUGCGCUGUGAGUUCUUCGGGCUGUUUUGUUAGUCUGCAAAGGUUGAUGCACAGCAGCCACUCAAAUCCACUUUUUUUUCUUUUCUUUUGGGUGGGGGGAUCAGUUCUGUUCUGUUCUUUCUUUUUCUUUUUUUUUCUUAAUUGAAAAGCACUGAUCCGUGUCUUGACGCGAUGUCCAGGACUCCUUCGUGUGCUUAAAAUGGACUUGGCAGAGUUGCCGUGGAGGAUGCGAGGGAGCUAACGUUUGGAAACAACACAGAGACGAAACGAGAACAAGUGAGACUCCUGGAAAAGUAAUCCCAGCAUGGCCUCGGUUCCGGACAGCGGCUGCUCCAUGGAGCUGAACGGCUGGAACAGCAGCGUUGGCGGCGCCGGAGCCUCCGUCCCCUGCAACCAGAGCAUCCUCAGGCUCGCCCCGUACUCCCCCGAAGCCACGGCGGCCUUCGCCACCGCCAUCACCCUCAUGGUCGUCUUCACCAUCGUGGGGAACAUCAUGGUCAUCAUCGCGGUCCUGACCAGCCGGUCACUCCGAGGUCCGCAGAACCUCUUCCUGGUGUCACUGGCAGCUGCAGACAUUUUAGUGGCCACGCUCAUCAUCCCCUUCUCUCUGGCCAAUGAACUGCUCGGCUACUGGUACUUCAAGUCUCUGUGGUGUGAGAUCUACCUGGCGUUGGAUGUGCUCUUCUGCACCUCCUCCAUCGUGCACCUGUGCGCCAUCUCUCUGGACCGCUACCUGUCCAUCUCCAGGGUGACCUAUGGGCGCCAGCGGACCCCCCAACGCAUCAAAGCAGCUAUUGUGGUGGUGUGGCUCAUCUCUGCCAUCAUCUCCUUCCCCCCCCUGCUCUCGCUGAACAAGAGCGAGGCAGGGGACCAGGCUAAUGAGAGAGGACCUCAGUGCCAGCUGAACGAUGAGCGCUGGUACAUCCUUUACUCCACCAUCGGCUCUUUCUUUGCCCCGUGCCUCAUCAUGUUCCUGGUCUACAUUAGAAUCUACCAAAUUGCCAAGCAGAGGACUCGGUGCCCGCCAGGGGAGCCCAGGAAGGACGGGGUCGGCUGUGCUACACCCAGUCAGCCGGGCAGACACGCGCAAGCCAACGGGAAGGAUGAUGAAGACAGCACACCGCCCUCAUCAAACAAAACCUCCAAAGCCAGACCCCCGACCCUCGCCAUUACCCCCUCUCCAUCCCUCGGAGAGUCCCAAAACUCCCAGAAUCCCACCUCCAAUAAUCUCCUGCAACCUCCAUCCUCCUCUCCAGCCAUGACCCCUGUCACAGCCUCCCUCGAGACCUCUCCCCACGGCCCCUCCACCCCCUCCUCUGUGCCUCCCCCUGCCAAGACUAAAGAGGAGAAGAAGAAGAAAGGCAAGUUCCUGCGAGGGAAAAAGGCUGACAAUAACAAUGGUGACAGCUCAAGCACAGAGAGCGAUAUGGAGCACAGCCACGGAGGCCGAGGCAGCGCCAGCAUGCCAGGGUCCCCUGCAGGAGGUGGGGUCCACUCCCCGGCCUCGGUCAAGCGCUACCGAGACAUGAUCGCUUCCUCAAAGGGUUCCCGGCUGGUGCCAGGGAGGAAGUCAAAAACAGAUAAAGACCCCGGAGCGGCGAGGCGCAAAGCGAUGGUCAACAGGGAGAAACGUUUCACUUUUGUCCUGGCCGUGGUCAUCGGCGUCUUCAUGGUGUGCUGGUUCCCUUUCUUCUUCUCCUACUCACUGCAGGCCGUGUGCCCAGAAACAUGUGCCAUCCCUGAUCCACUCUUCACCUUUUUCUUCUGGAUCGGUUACUGCAACUCCUCACUCAACCCGGUCAUAUACACCAUAUUCAACAAAGACUUCAGAAAGGCCUUCAAAAAGAUUCUGUGCAGAGGCACCAAGGGCACUUUCUUUUAGCAUACAGUCCCGAUCAAUAGGACAUGGACACAAAAGAUGGCUAUUUAUGAGGCAAAGAGAAAAAGAAUCAUUUCCAUUUUUCAGAACACUCAAAGGGCUGUUUUGAAUACGCGUUAAACUGUGUAAAUUCCCACCAUAUAUAAAAAAAAAAAAAAAAAAAUCAGAACUGAGAGAUGCUCUUUUUACAGCUACAGUGUGCGCAAACCGCCGACCUGGGACUGUGAAAUCCUAGUGUGCAGCUGAUACAGAAAAUCUUAUAGGGUGCGGCGUGAAAACAGGACAUGGAAUAGAGGCAGACGCUAAGCGGCUUAGCAGUGAUAAGAUUUUAGGUUGAACAUUUAUUAUCUCCAGAUCACAUCGAAUAAUGGAUGAUGCUGAGACAGUGUGGCAGCAGAAUCAGAGAAGAAAUGUACACACACACGCUCAGCCCUUAAAACUGACAGAAGGUCUUGAGUAAAGCAGGAAAACUGAACACUGAACAGAGAAAGAAAAUCUCUAAUGUAUAAUAUAUAAGGUUUAGUAGUUAUUAAAGACUCCAGGACGAAUGGGGGAAAUAAACAGGUAGGGAGAAGGAGAAGUGGCCUUAGAUUGCUGUGAGCCUGGGGCCAUUCAUUUAUCAAUACAGAGCACAAGGAGCACACACGGUUAGAGGUGGUUUCUUACGUCUGCAGUCUUAAUUUGCCCAGCUGCGGGGCAAACAUGUGUUCCUUGAUUUUUAUCUGAAAGCCCAACAACAAGAGAAGGAUUCUGACAAUCUGAAAUAGUGAUAGCAACAGACAAGGGCGCCCUUUCAAAGCCGAACUCGUGGACUUUUAUGUGGAAAGCCCUCAUGUCAGACACCCUGCUCUCGGCUCAGUGUGGGUCACAAUGGACACUCAGGUUGUUUGUAACGACACUCUCGGCUUUCACCUUCCAUGAAACACAGAACAAGUGUGGUGGAUUUUUGGAUCACGUGUGUUAUUGAGAUUUAAAAAAAAAAAAAAAAAAAAAAAAAGACAGUGUGAGCCCCCUCCCCUGCCCUCCCUCCCCCCUUCCCUCCUCUCCCUCUUUUUCUGCCUUUUCCCACCAACGGACUGCAACCCCCCCCUCUAAUGAAUCUAAUGAACUGCCUCAGUGUUUGGACACUUGAGCAACAAUCAGAACUGUUUUUAACCCCUGGAAAAGCGCUUCCGAGGGUAUCUCAUGGGAGGUGUACAUGUUGAAGACUGAAAAAAAAACCCAAAAAAACUAGGUUCUUACCAUUCAUCAUGUGAACAUCACUUUGCAGAAACCCUGUGGCUGCAGUAUGUGCACGAACAAUGAACAAUGCUGUGUUAACCCUGACGACCACCUCCUCACCAACUCCUCUGGCCCGUCAUCUGCGGCGGACCGCUACGUGGCACUUUCGUUUGUCACGAAGAGGCCGAGGCUCCGUCAGUCUCCUCAACGACAACACAAAAAAAAAAAAGAGAAAGAAAAAAAAAAACAGAUGAAGACAAAACAAAAAUGUGUCUGUUACUGUGAACAGCACACAGGCUUAUUGACUCCAUGGGACAAGGGCUGUCAGCAGCAACACUUCAAUUUACUAAUUGUCUAAUUCUGCUGACCAGUGUGAGUGUGUGUGUGCAUGUGUGUGUGAGUGUUGACCUCUAUUUUUUUUCUGUAGAAAGUGUCAGUGCCUGCUCUGGCUGCUAUGUGCUACAGAUCUACUGUAAUACCGAUACAAACAGAGACCAGACUUCCUGGUGCAGGCAUCACUCUGCUGUCUGUCAUGUGAAUGUUUCUACUUGA